AUGUCUUCCCUUCUCCGUCUCGCAGCGCGGCGCGCGCCCCGGGCCCUCCCCACUGGCCGUCGUGGCUACGCGGAGGUCUCCGACAAGAUCAAGCUCUCCCUAGUCCUCCCGCACCAGUCUAUCUUCACGUCGCAGGAGGUUGUGCAGGUUAACAUUGCUGCUGCGUCCGGUGACAUGGGUAUCCUCGCAAACCACGUCCCGUCCAUCGAGCCUCUCCGUGCCGGCAUUGUGGAGGUCAUCGAGCCCGGAAACGCCGCAAAGAAGUGGUUCGUUUCUGGCGGUUUCGCCAUGGUCCACCCGAACAACUCGUUGACCAUCAACGCCGUCGAGGCCGCUCCCCUCGAGAACUUCUCGUCCGAGGCCGUACGUGCGAACCUCGCCGAGGCGAACAAGGUUCUUGCGGGUAACGGUUCGGAUGAGGUCAAGGCGGAGGCACGCAUUGAGGCGGAUGUGUACGAGGCUAUCCAGGCCGCGCUGGCAAAAUAA